CGCAGCUUGGCCGCGAGGCCAUACAAGAUUGCCCUUCGACCCUGCACAGCCAACAUGGCGCAGACAUUCCCGUACACGUACUACGCCUGCGAUUGCUACGACAGCAACAAUACAAGCUCCACGAAGCGCGCCUCGCAGCUGCUGCAGGAAGCCGAAGAGGACGAACGCACCUUCGACCCCCGCAGCCCGCGCGCAAACUACUCGCUGUACCCGCUCGAGCACCUGCUGUACUGCGAGGACUGUCAGCAGAUCCGGUGCCCCCGCUGCAUCAUCGAGGAAACCCUCAAUUGGUACUGCCCCAGCUGCCUCUUCGAGGUCCCCAGCUCCGUGGUCAAGAGCGAUGGGAACAGAUGCACCAGGAGUUGCUUCAGCUGCCCGCUAUGCACGUCGCCCAUGCAGACCUUCUCGCUCGACAUGACGGGCGAGAGCGCCCCUCCGUUCAUCUUGGAGUGCCAAUACUGCCGCUGGAGCACCCUCGAGAUCGGCAUUGAGUUUGAGAAGGGCCAGGGGAUUGCAGCCCAGCUGGCGAGGAUUGGAAAUGGGGGCAAGCACAUCCCGACCAAUAAGGAGCGCGACAAAGAGCGAGAGCGUAGGAAGGAGAUCGAGGGAAGAAAGAGUAGGGACCUACUGUCGCCGUCGACUGAAUCCACCAACACCGACGCAGAUCGAGCAGAUGGUCCGCCCAGCCACGACGACCUGUUCUCCAACCUCACGGCCUUUUACAAGUCCCAGGUCGACGCUCAGACGCCAUCGAAUCCCUUCUCCUCGCACGACAUCAACUUCUCAUCCCCUUCAGCCUACUCUCGCAUCAUGAACCUGUAUUCUACUACUGGCUCCAAGAAGAACAAGCGCAACAAGCCAAGCGCCAUGCGUGAAGUCGCCAGUUCACUCGAAGGUCUCACGAUACACGACCCCGCCAAUGACGCCGCAGCAAUUGAACGCAUCAAGAAGGAAGGCUGGGGUGUCACCCUGUCGCCCGCGCAGAAACAUGCCCAGAUCAACCCAAAUGUGCGCUUUGUAGAUGAAUUACGCCCACUCGCAACGCUUCUCUGCACCAAGCGUUCCAAGCGUUGCCGUUCCUGUCGCCAGAUCCUCACGAAGCCCGAGUCAAAGAUAACUUCGACCCGCUACAAAAUCAAGCUUCUGGCACUCAACCAUAUUCCUCGCCUCAGCAUCCGUGCCCUAAACGCAAUGCCCCCCGCCGCCGUUGCCAGUCGCACAGCUGACGCCUUCGAUUACAAUGCGCUCAAACCCGGCAUGCCGUCGCAUUUUCUCCUGCAUAUCAGCAACCCGCUCUUCGACCCCAUCAAAGUCACACUAGCAACACCCAGUACUACGCCGGGUCGUGUCCAGUCGCGUGUCACCAUCCUGUGUCCGCAGUUCGAUGUCGGUGCAAACACAGACAUCUGGGACGACGCUCUCUCUUCCUCCCUCUCACCCAUAAAGCGUGGCUCGAUCACGGACCAAGCGCCCCAGAUCGAAGCCGGCAAGAUCUGGGACCGCGGCCGCAACUGGACGAGCGUCGCUGUCGAAAUCGUACCCGGGUUCACAAAUGCUGUCAGCUCUGACGGGCGAGAUGAGCUGGAAGAGGACGAGGAUGUAUUGGAGAUUCCGAUCUUCGUGAGGAUCGAAUAUGAGACAGAUGCCGGUGCGGAUGAGAGGGGACUGGGUGAUUCGCGGGGCAGCAAGGGUGAGAAGGAGCGGAGGGAGGAGGCAUUUUGGACGGUGGUGGGUGUGGGUAGGAUCAAGGGUUGA